UUUAUCUUGGACCAACUUCACCACAACACCUCCGCGCAGCGAAAAAGCGUCAGAAGCUACAAUGCUUUCGGUUUUUAUCAACCGGGGAGACGAAACAGCGACAGACGAGGCGAGGCGUUUGUUUACCGCGACAGCCCGUUAAUCUCCGGGUAGACUACCGUUAAUCUCCGGGUAGACUACCGUUAAUCUUCGGGUAGACUACCGGGGGACCUGUGUGAGUUUCCCGGGGCUGCCGCUGCACUGCUCGGCUCCGACAGGACAGGGCGGGGUGAUGUUUAGGUUCCGGAAUAAAGGCAGCCAGAAAAUGGGAACCAGACGAGACGAGGAGCCGGCUGAAGACGCUGAGCUUGUCCACCGGAGACCAGAAUGAGAAGUUGUGUUUCGGUGUAACGGGGCGGCGGUAUCACCGUCUGGGAGGCCCUGGCGGGGGUGAAGCGUGUCUCUGUGGCGCUCCUCCGCCCCCUCAACGUCAAUAAAAUGAGGACGCUGCUUAUAUUCUGUUGUUUUUUCCUUCUCGCUGGAGCAGAUCGGGCGUGGGCCACCGGGAACCUGACCGUGGACAGUAGCACCGAAACCAACCGGACUGCCGUUAGCAGCGGGUACAUCAGAAUAGGGGACGGGUCGUCGCAGGAAUUUGAGUUUCCUGAAAACACGAAGGGAGUAAUUGUAAUCUCCAGCCAGUACCGGAGCUCCGCGGCCAGCAGGAAGGGCCGCCAGAGCUGGAAACAGACGGUGAGAGUCCGUUCUCUGGACCCGGAGGUCCUCUCCAUUCUCAAUGUGACGGACAGCGGCCACGCAGGACCCGGCAGGAGCUACAUCAUCAGCAUCCGCUCCGGGUUUCCGGGUACGGCUCAGCUCCAGAUACAGCUGCUGGACCUGGACCAGGACUCGGUGCCGGUUUUGAUCGAGGAGAGGACGGAUUACUCCAUCAGAGUGGCGCCUGGUAAUGAUGACCAGGCCACCCGGCUCAUCCAGUCCGGUGGCCUGUCUCAUUUCUCUGAGAACCCCGUGCUAUUUGCCUUGCUGCCCCUCAUCUUUGUCAACAAGUGUGCCUUUGGCUGCAAGGUGGAGGUGGAGGUGCUGCGGGGGCUCCUGAAGAGCCCCGUGCCCCUGCUCCUAGGGGUGCUGGGUCAGUUCCUGGUGAUGCCAUUAUAUGCCUACUGUGUGUCCUGGUUGGCCUCACUGCCCACAACGCUCUCUCUGGGUCUGGUCAUCACCUGCUCUGCCCCGGGCGGAGGGGGCGGCUACCUGUACAGCCUGCUGCUUGGAGGGGAUGUCACCCUGGCCAUCUCUAUGACACUGGUCUCCACAGUGGUUGCCACGGCAGCCAUGCCUCUGUCCUCUGCUCUGUAUGGCCGGCUGCUGGGCGUGCACGCUGCCCUGCACGUGCCAUUUGUGAAGAUCCUGGGCACCCUCCUCUUCAUUGCCAUCCCCAUCUCGCUGGGCAUGCUGAUCAAGCUCCGCCUGCCCGCCCUCACUCGGGUCCUGCUGGUGCUCAUACGACCCUUCAGCCUUGUGCUCAUGAUAGGCGGGAUCUUCAUGGCCUACCAAAUGGGUGCAUCCAUCCUGGCCAACGUCAAGCCUCAGAUUGUGGCGGUCGGUGUGACGGUACCUUUGCUAGGCCUGGUGGUCGGGGCCGUCUUGGCCAAGGGGGCGGGCUUGGCUCCACCACAGAGGAAGACCGUCAGCAUCGAGGUGGGCGUCCAGAACAGCCUGCUGGCCCUCGCUGUCAUGCAGCUGUCCUUCAGACGGACCGAGGCGGACUUCGCGUCCCAGGCGCCCUUCAUCGUGGCCCUCAGCAGCACCUCCGAGAUGCUGCUCAUCGUUCUGGGGUACUUCGUCCAGCGGAGGCUGUGUGGCCCUGCCAUCCUCAGGAGCGACGCCUAAAUGUAACAGCAGUUUUGUUCUGAACUUUUCUGAAGAACGAAGCGUGUGGAAGUCGGGUGUCCCACAAUCUUUGACACACCAGUUUCCAAUCCAGUCAUCGCUGUUGUACACAGGACAGUGAAUGGACUUUUUCUGGUUAUUUUGUUGUCGUUUUGGUAUUUUUACAUAAAAACCAAAGGCCUUUUACCCCAUCUAGACCGUUUAGUGUUGAUUUUACCGUAUGUACUUUUUCAGAUCAGAUUAUACUGUGAGGUAUUCAUGUAAAUAUUCGUAAAAAGAGAAAACCCUAUGACAGAAGAGAUAUUUUUCUACCAGAUUACUUUUUGUAAUCCAAAAAAUUCAAAGACUGAUUUGUAUCAUGUUUACAAGAGGUCCGCGUGUCUUAGCUCGAGGGAACUUUGUUGGUUAAAGAGGAACUAUUGCUGAAUCUUAAAUGAGGUGAUGGAUUAAUCAUUUUGAAAGUAUUUGCCACUGAUUGUGUGUCCCGGAUCUUUGAAUCCAUGUACUUGAAUAUUUGAAAAAGAAAAAAAAAAUCAAUAAAAUCCUCGUCCAGCA